AUGGCUGCUCCUCCUCCGGCAGUACCGACCGCCACGACGCCGUAUGUUGGGGUGGUGAAGUCCUUCAACCCCGCCAAGGGCUGGGGGCACAUCGAAUGCGAGGACACGUUCAAGCUCUUCGGAAAGGACAUCUUCUUACUGCGGAGCCGCACGGGCAGCCUCACUCUCGCCCGAGGAUCCCAAGUGACCUUCACCGUGGAACAGGGCACGAAAGGUCCUGAGGCUGCAAAUGUCCAGCUGGUGCAGGCGCCCGAGUCGAGGUUCCGGGGCACUGUGAAAUCUUGGAACCCGCAGCGGGGUUGGGGACAUAUUGAAUGCGCCGCCACCCAGGAGGUGUAUGGCAAGGACAUCUUUCUGAUGCGGUCCGCACUCGUCGGUGGGCAGUGUAACAAGGGGGAUGAGGUGUCCUUCGACAUCAUUGAAGGGAGCAAAGGGCCGGAGGCGUGUGGCGUCCAAGUGGUAACGGCUCCUGUAGCAGCUCCUGACCAUCCUCGCAUGGGCUACGUGGCCAUGUACCAGGCGCCGCAGUACGACGGCGUCAUCGCGCACUACAACGCCGCGCUGCAGCAGGGCUCCAUCCACUGCCCGCAGGUGUUCGCCGCGUAUGGCUGCGACGUCGCCGUGACCGGCCAAAGACUGGGAAGCUACGUACCCCAAGCCGGCGAUCAGAUCACCUUCGGUCUGGCCAUUAGCCAAGAUGGGCGGCCAGAAGCACUGAAUGUGCAGCAGGCGAACAGCUACCAGGCCGAGCGGAGCCACACGGGCCUGUCGUGGGCCAAAAGCAUCCGCCCCUACCAGUGA